GGGUGCUGUCGCUUUAAUGGUGACGUAACCGGCGCGCCGGAUGCUCCAGGUCACACCGCUGUGCAGCCGAGACUUUGAUUUGCGGCGGGUGACUUGGUUGGGCUUUGGACCGGCCUAAGUGUGUGCGAAGGGUUAUCGGCCCUGGCCUUUGUAGAAAGCUUAUUUCUGCUUUCCCGUCCCGAGCGACGUGCUGUGACGUACCCUCGGCGCUCGACCGCGGCUCAGCGUGACCUCCAGAGGCUUCUUUUCCCGCUCAUGCAUGGGCUUCCUCCUGCUUUGUUAAGCGCGCCCGGUGGAUGGACUGGAGGGGAAUUAGUUGGAUUGGGAUUAAAGCAUAGUUGAAAGAAGCACAGAAUGUCAUAUAGAAGAGAUGAAAUGUGGUCUGAGCGGUAUGAAUAUGAAAGAUUACCACGAGAAAGACUCCCGCCACGUCCUGAUGAUGACUACCAUCGAGUAGUCAGUUUUGCAUCCAAGAAACUACCACUUCCAGAAAGACCUGGUGAAGGAAGCUAUAGUAGAUAUGAAUAUGGCCAUGCUCAUGUAGGCUAUAGAGACUAUGGUGAAGGUCGAGGUUUUCCCCACGAACGAAGAAGUGGACUACCACAUAGAAUCGAUGAUCCAGGAUAUAGAUGGUCAAGAGAAGACCAUUCUGAUAGUCGGCCACCUGAUUAUAGAGAUGGCACACGACGGAAACCUGUAUAUCCUCAGUAUGCAAGAGAUCGCUCCCCACAUAAAAGGGAUUCCCCUUACUUCAGAGAAUCACCAAUUGGCCGGAGAGAAUCUCCUCACAGCAGAUCUGGCUCCAGUGUCAGCAGCAGAAGUUAUUCACCUGAUAGAAGCAAAGCCUACACCUUCCAUCAGUCCCAGCAUAGCAGAAGUAUGUCAUCUUUACAUAAAAGAAAUAUUUCCCUACAAGAGAGAUCUUCAACUCAGAGUUUGAAGACUUCAGGAGAUGUAUCUCCUUCAGGAGCUACAGCACUGUCACCUGCAAAAACUUUGGUCAAAAGCAGCAGAUUAUCGGAAAAGGAGCUUGCAGAGGCUGCAAGCCGAUGGGCAGCUGAAAAGACAGAGAAAGUAGAGGCAAGCACUGUACCUGAAAUUUCAGAGUAUGACGCCACAUCCUCAGAUCCAUUGUAUAUAGAACACCAUGAAGAAACAGGUGCUAGUAUAACAGACAGCAAUCAAUUAUUUGAAGACAACCAUCAUGUUAAUCGCUCAAAGGCAAUUGCUCAAAAGACAAAGGAAAUUGAACAAGUAUACCGACAGGAUUGUGAAACUUUUGGUGCUGUGGUGAAGAUGCUGAUUGAAAAAGACCCUGCAUUAGAAAAAUCUAUUCAGUUUUCUUUGAGACAAAAUUUGCAUGAGAUUGGUGAGCGAUGUGUUGAAGAACUUAAACACUUCAUUGCAGAAUAUGAUUCUACGAGUCAAGAAUUUGAAGAAACGUAAGAUGAAUUAUGGGUUGCUCAUAUAUAUAAAGGCUACCUGAUUCAUGGAUGCUAAUCUUCUAAAUUUGUUCACUUUGCAUUUGAUCUCUUCAUAAAUUUGAAUUAAUUGCAAAACAACAAUAUCAUUUACUUAGUUGAUUCCGUUUGGAAAAUAUAUUGAAUAUAUAAAGUUCAGUUCAUGUCAGCCAUAUUUUGAAAAUCCUUAACAAAAAGCUGCUCCAAUUAUUGAAAUAGGUUGCUGAGUAUGACAGACCAUUUUGUAAUUUUAUUGAUAUUGAUGAAUGUAUAUAAAAUAAAUGUGCAUCUGUAUUUAUAUAAAUUUUAAAUAUGUGUUGCCCUUAAUUAGAGUAGUUAUAUAAACUUUGAUUGGAAACCAUUGUUAGGACAGUUCCAUUAAGCUAUUUGUUUAAGCUUAGUGGUUUUGUAAGUUCAAAUAGCCUAGUUUAAAUAGUAAUUAAACUCCUUCAGAGUUAAUAUCAAAAUUUGCAUUUUUUUGAAAGCUUUGUACAGUUGUAUAAACAAUAUUUGUCUUUAAUAGUAAUGGAAAAUAUAUAUUCUUAUUCUCUUCUGCAGUUUCUGUAAUUUCCACUAUACUAUGGGAUAUUAUUUUUAGAAAUGGGUCUGGUGAAGGCAGCACAAGUGUUUUCAAAGUAUGAGAAGUGUGUAAUUCAUCAUUUCACAAAUGGUACAGUAAUUCAGACAAGAUACUUCCCAUAAUUGUGGGGUAGAAGUAAGCUUCCCAGAAUUGCAACAAGGUUGGUUACAUUCACAUAUCAUACUUGAUAAAACGAUUAACUGCCUCAUGGGCAACAGGAUUAUUUAUUACAGUUGUCACUGUUCAAGUGUACUUUCCACAUGUAAUAUACAGAACAAUUUUGGUCCUGUAAAUUCAAGUGUUGUUUACCCAUGGUUAGGUGUAAGAUUAUUUAAUCCUAAAGUAACAAACAGUAACAGUUUUCUCUGUUUAAACAGAUAGAUGAUUUGGAAGCAAUGCUUCUUGUAUUCAUUGGAAUGGAGUGAAACAUGGUGGUUUAUGUUUGUUGUUUAAACCCAUAAAAAUGAAUAAACAUACAGAUAUGCUUCUGAA